AACACUUAAUUGGUAAACUCGCUUUAUAUUUAUGUGUGUGUAUACCAACCCACAAGUCAACAGCACGAAGCGACCAAUAGAACAAAAGACUCAAGCUUAUAUACAAUUCAACAUAUAAUAAUUGAUAGUAGCUUAAGACUUUGAUCAGAUACUCUGAACAGGUUGAAGGUUUCAAGCUAAGGCUGCAGCCAUGGCAACUCCCACAGCUUACCAAGAAAACCUUCCAGCAUCACCAGAAUGGCUAAACAAAGGAGACAACGCAUGGCAAAUGACAGCAGCAACUCUGGUUGGCCUCCAAAGCAUGCCAGGCCUAGUGAUUCUCUAUGCCAGCAUAGUCAAAAAGAAAUGGGCAGUGAACUCUGCUUUCAUGGCCCUCUAUGCUUUCGCAGCGGUUCUCUUAUGUUGGGUCCUUUUGUGUUACCGUAUGGCAUUUGGAGACAAGCUUUUCCCUUUCUGGGGAAAGGGUGCACCAGCACUAGGCCAGAAAUUUCUCAUAAACCAAGCCAGUGUCCCUGAAAGCACACACUACUUCAACAAUGGUUCCAUUGAAACCCAAACUCAAAGGCCUUUUUAUCCCAUGGCUACUCUUGUGUAUUUCCAGUUCAAUUUUGCUGCUAUUACAAUGAUUUUGCUGGCUGGAUCUGUGCUUGGCAGAAUGAACAUCAAGGCUUGGAUGGCUUUUGUUCCUCUCUGGCUCAUUUUCUCAUACACUGUUGGGGCAUUUAGUAUUUGGGGUGGUGGUUUUCUGUACCACUGGGGUGUCAUCGAUUUUUCUGGUGGCUAUGUCAUCCAUCUUUCCUCUGGAAUCGCCGGUUUCACUGCCGCUUACUGGGUUGGACCAAGGUUAAAGAGUGACAGGGAGAGGUUCCCACCAAACAAUGUGUUGCUUAUGCUAGCGGGUGCUGGGUUGCUGUGGAUGGGUUGGUCAGGGUUCAAUGGAGGAGCACCAUAUGCAGCCAACAUUGAUGCUUCUAUUGCUGUGCUCAACACUAACAUAUGUGCAGCCACUAGCCUCCUUGUCUGGACCUCUCUGGAUGUUGCCUUCUUCGGCAAGCCUUCAGUCAUCGGUGCCGUUCAGGGCAUGAUGACCGGGCUUGUUUGCAUCACCCCCGGAGCAGGACUUGUGCAAUCGUGGGCGGCUAUAGUGAUGGGAAUACUAUCUGGAAGCAUUCCAUGGGUCUCCAUGAUGAUCCUUCACAAGAAGUCAAGUCUUCUACAGAAGGUAGAUGAUACACUUGGAGUGUUUCACACACAUGCUGUGGCUGGGCUUUUGGGUGGCCUCCUCACAGGUCUGUUAGCAGAACCAGAACUUUGCAGGCUCGUAUUGCCGGUGAGUAACUCAAGGGGCGCCUUCUACGGUGGCACCGGCGGUGCACAGUUCUUGAAGCAAUUGGUGGCAGCACUCUUCGUCAUUGGAUGGAACUUGGUUUCCACCACUCUCAUUCUUCUUGCCAUUCAAUUGUUCAUUCCCUUGAGGAUGCCGGACUACCAGCUCGAGAUUGGUGAUGACGCCGUUCAUGGUGAGGAAGCUUAUGCCCUGUGGGGUGAUGGAGAAAAAUAUGAUCCAACCAAGCAUGGAUCCACAAUAGUGGAUGAAACUCUAGCAUCGGCCUAUAGUGUUGGAGCAAGGGGUGUAACCGUAAAUUUAUGAGUCAUGUAAAGACAGUUUAUAAUGCUAACGGAUUAGGAUCAUUUUGUGUCACCUAACACUAUCAUCUGAAACUUGUGUGUUUAUAUUUGUUCAUAAAUAUUUAGAGGAUCGAGGAUCUCACA